CGUCUCUCUCGCGCGCGCGCGCGCACACACACACACACACACACAGAGGCAGACACUGAGAAAGCCAGAAACCGACAAAAUCAUCAUCAACUCAGUGGCACUCCCUCGUAAAUUCAACCAAACCCAGUGCCCUGUUAUUAAGGCUUUGCCCUUUUCCCCACCUGCGUAUUUUUAGAGCUUCAAGACAAAGUCUUUUGGCCUCAGAGAGAGAUAGAGAAAGGAGAGAAUUUUAAGUUUUAAUUUUUAAUUUUUAAUUUAUAUAUAUAUAUAUUUUUGUUUCUGAGUCUGAAAGCAAAAGCCCUGAAACAAACAGCCAGCAUAGCAGAAGGAAAGCAGCAGCUCAGCUACACAGUGUCUGCGAUUCUCGCUGAGCUUCUGAAGUACUUGUCGCUCUGUAAUUCUUUUGAAAAUUCUUAUUUCUAAAAAUUUCUUAUUAUUUUUUAAAAUAGUUUUGGAAAUGGAGCAAAUCGUAGAAGGUGUAUUGAAGCUGGAAGCUUGUGGAAUAGUGUAGGUUUAUUAAGGGCUUUUUAUAAUCUUUUUUUCUUGGGGAGGUUCUUCGGGUUUUUUUUUCUUUGAGCUUUUAUUUUUUUUGAGGCUAUAUAUGGCUGGCCGGAGACUGGUCGCUGGAAACUUGGAUCCGGAGAGGAAGAGAAGUGGAGGUUUGAGGACGAAGCAAGCUGGGAGAGGAUCGUGUAGAGGAAGUUAGGCCUUUUUUCUUUUUUUCCAACUUCUUUUUCUUCGGGAAGUCUCGUCGGAAAGUGUACGGUCUCCGGUGCUUUUCUUUUUACUUUUCAUGCUGUUUCUGUAUAUACUUGAGACUUUCUGUUGGGAAUUUUCUCUUCUUGGGCUUCUCUUUAGUGUAAUCGAUAGCGCGUGUUUUUUUUUCGUUGGGGAGCUAGCAAGUUGUUGAAGCCAUGGGGUUUUUGCUGAAGGAAGCGUUGAAGACUCUUUGUGGUUGGAAUCAGUGGUCUUAUGCUGUGUUCUGGAAGAUCGGCUGCCAAAACCCUAAGUUGUUAAUUUGGGAAGAAUGCCAUUACGAACCUGCAAAGUUUUCUGUACCUUUGCGCAUUUCUGGAACUGUGAGUGAUGAAGUACCUUUUGGAGAGUUGGAAAGGUGCUGGGUGUCUUCUGAAAUUGGCUCCUCCCAGGUUGGGAUUCAUUCAGUGGAUAGAGUCUUCACACUUAUUAACAAAAUGUUAACCAGUAAUCAGGUUAAUAUAGUGGGUGAAGGAAUGGUUGGGCGAGCUGCAUUUACAGGACAUCAUCAAUGGAUUCUUUCAAACAAUUACUCUAAAGAUGCCCAUCCACCAGAGGUACUAAAUGAGAUGCAUCAUCAAUUCUCAGCUGGCAUGCAGACAGUUGCUGUUAUCCCUGUUCUUCCCCAUGGUGUUGUUCAACUUGGUUCUUCCUCAGCUAUUAUGGAGAAUAUAGCAUUUGUUAAUGAGGUGAAGAGUUUGAUCAUGCAACUGGGAUGUGUUCGUGGUGCUCUUUUAUCUGACAGCUGUGCGACGAAAGAUUCUGCUGAGAAAAUAGGGUUACCAGUUACUGUUGGAAAAUUGGCACACGUUGAUUCACCUGGAGUACAGAAGGUGACAAAUUCUUCUUCUGUGGUUAACAACUACAAUCAACAAAGCUACUCAUCCCAGGCUUCAAGCCUUGUUGGUCAACCGUUCCAUUCUCUUGUUAAAAAUAUUCAACAUAAUCAGCAAACUAUUGGUUCAACAUUUGAAAACCCGGCCAAUGUUAUCUUGCCUAAAUCCCAUGAUAAUCCUUGCCAGCCAAAAUUUCCUUCACUGAUGAAGUCAAACUUUCCAUGUGGAGGCCAACUUAAGGAUGAAAUUGUAGGAGCUGAAGUGGUCCCCUCAAAUUUGGAUGCAUGGCUCAACCGUCAGGUUUCUUCAUGCAAUUCAAGGUCUGGACUUAAUGUACCUGGUUUUGUCCAAUCACGUGCCAGUCAGAGAGAUAUGAUGUUGAGGGAAAAUAAGAAUUUAUCGGGUGUUAGCAUUUGUAAUCAUCUUGGGGACAAUGCAUUUGUGUCAAAUAACUUUAAUAUGCCUUUACAGAGAACAAGUGGACGCUUAACCCUUGAUUGCAAGAACGGUUGUGGUACCACUCCAUUGAAUGAAAGAAGUCAAAUACAUGAUGGAAUAAGUAGGCAAUCAGAGAAGAAUUUAGUUCCUUGUUCUGUUUCAAGCCCAAGCACAGCAUUUAGAAUGGAGGAGGUUUCUUCAUCUAGUUUGGCAGAUCAAUUAGCUACAGUUCAUAUGCUGUCAAAAAUUGUUGACCAUGGACGAUUUAGAGAAGAUGUGAAGCUUACUCAAAAUGGAUUGGCUCCAAGUGAGCAAAGGAUACAAAGUGAAUUGUUCCAAGCUGUUAAUAACUCACUAGUCCAUCCAGAUGAGAGCAUGCCUUUGAGUCAGCAUAUCAAUGGUUUUGUUUAUGACUUUGAGAACCUUGACAGUAAAAUGCAGCGUCCAGGAUCUACAAAUCCUAAACUCGAAGAUGGAUGCAUCCAACCUCCAUCAGGAGACGACUUGUUUGAUAUUUUGGGUUUGGACUUUAAAAAUAACCUGCUUAGCUGCCAUUUGAAUAAUUUGCUUGCUCAAGGACUUGACGGAAGUGCACAAAGUAUGGGUGAGAAUUUGUCUACUUUUACAAAUAUGAAGGAUAUGGAUUCUACUUUGUGUUCAGCAAGUGAAGGGAUAUCAGAUUUUGGCAUCUUCUUUGGAACAGGCACUGACCAUCUAUUGGAUGCUGUAGUUUCUAAGGCUCACCGUGCUGCCAAGCAGAAUUCGGAUGAUGAUGAUUUGUCUUGCAGAACAACAUCGACGAGGAUCAGUACUGCCUCUGUCCCUAGCAGUUCCUUGACAUAUGGAUGCAAUAGUACAUCUAAUCAUAUGCAAGGGGAGGCCUUUCGGCUUCCUGAGCCUAUGCAUAAUGCUGGGACAGUGAAAUCUAGUUCAUUAAAAACUGGGUGUAGCAAGGACAAUGUGGGAAAUUGUUCUCAAACUACUUCUGUUUAUGGAUCUCAAAUUAGUUCUUGGGUUGAACAGGGCAGUAGUGUGAAACGUGAAAAUAGUGUUUCGACUGCAUAUUCAAAGAAGCCUGAUGAACUUGGCAAAUCAAACCGCAAAAGGCUUAAACCUGGAGAGAACCCCAAGCCCAGGCCAAAAGAUCGACAGAUGAUCCAGGAUCGCGUGAAAGAGUUGCGAGAGAUUGUACCAAAUGGGGCAAAAUGUAGCAUAGAUGCAUUGCUUGAACGCACUAUCAAGCAUAUGCUUUUCUUGCAAAGUGUCACAAAGCAUGCCGACAAGCUAAAACAAACAGGAGAAUCUAAGAUUAUUGACAAGGAAGGUGGAUUGCUUUUAAAAGAUAACUUUGAGGGAGGAGCAACAUGGGCUUUUGAGGUUGGCUCACAGUCUAUGGUUUGCCCUAUUGUAGUUGAGGAUCUGAAUCCCCCUCGUCAGAUGCUUGUAGAGAUGCUUUGUGAAGAACGAGGUUUCUUUUUGGAAAUAGCUGAUUUAAUUAGAGGAAUGGGUUUGACCAUUUUGAAGGGGGUGAUGGAAGCACGAAAUGAUAAGAUAUGGGCACGCUUUGCGGUGGAGGCAAACAGGGAUGUAACGAGGAUGGAAAUUUUUAUGUCACUGGUUCACCUUUUGGAACAAACUGUAAAGGCCGGUGCAUCAUCUGCUGAUGCCAUUGGGAACAACAAAUUGAUGGUCCAGCACUCUUUCCCCCAAGCAGCUCCUAUUCCAGCAACCGGUAGGCCCAGUAGUUUGCAGUGAACAGCCUGCAGCACAGAUUCUUGGCCUGGAUAUGUUGAGAGUGAGCCCUCUUUUGCUUGCCAUGACUGACAUGGUUUCCAGUCCAAGCUCUUUGCAUUGUUGUAGCUUUGACUAAUUUUGUCUCCCACAAACAAAUGAUUGAUCUUUCUAAUGUGUGUUUUUUAGUUAGAUAAGUGUCUGAAUUUGUCGAUCAAUUGUCCGUUGGAAGUUUGAGUCCUGGUUAGCUGUUUUUCCGGAGGCUAAUGAUCGAACUACCGUUGUGUGGCCAAGUUUCUGUUCUUUUCUUUUUUAUUUUUUUUAGUAGACUUAUUUUUUAUUUUUUUUCCACUCAAGGGGAUAAGAUCUUACAGGUGGGAGAUGGUUGCAGGAUAUUAGGUUCCUUUUCUUCACAAAUGUAUAGAGGAUGUGGGAUUUGAAAUGAAGGUGUUCUAAUUGUAAUUUUAAGAUAUUAAUUUUAAGUUUGCUAAAUUGAAGACA